AUGCCUACCAAUGGCAAGGCCAGACUGGGUGUGCCGCGAAGACCACAUCAUCACCGCACUCCAACGUUUCCAAGCUAUCACAGCAUGAGGAAGAAACCCAGAAGAUGGCCGCUGGUCAUCCGCUUUGUCAAGGGCGCAAUACACGCCGAUAUUGCUCUUCCAGUCAUGCUCCAUGCCGCCUUCACCGCCCUCAUCUGCUAUCUCGAUUAUAGCUUACAGGGCCAUCUUGGCAUUCCAUCCGCCACCAUACCGAGCCUCAGUAUCGUUGUCGGUCUGAUGCUUGUGUUCAGGAAUAGCACCAGCUACGACCGGUUCUGGCAAGGCAACCAGCUUUUCACAACGCUGGAAACGAACAUCCGCAAUCUGACGAGAAGUUUCUUGGCCUGCAGUUACAAGACUGGAGGACCGCCUCCUACUCCAGCACAGCGUGCCGACACGGAGCGUACCGUGAGGCUUUUGCUAGCACUCAUCUUCGCAGCCAAAAACCAUCUGCGUGCCGAGUGGGGACAGACCAUUCCUCUGCUCUUGCCGAGGACAGAAGUCGAGCGCGUUCGCCGGGAAAGUGUCAGUGUCUAUAAAGCAGAAUACGACCAGCUUUUGCCGCCUGGGACCAGAGGACAUGAAGAACAAGGACUUGGUCUGGUGCUUCAGUUGUCUGUCCAAAUAGAAGGAUACAUCAAGCGCGCCCACGAUCUAGGCUGGUUUCAUUCACCGCAGGCCAGUCAGAUGACUGUGCAGCUCAACACUUUGGUCGCUGCAUAUGGCAGCAUGGAGACGAUACACCUCACGCCUCUGCCAGUUGCUUACCUCAUACAUAUGCGGCAAGUGUGUGCUUUAUUUUGCUGUGUGCUGCCUUUUGCGUUGGUGAAGGAGAUGGGGUGGUGGUCUAUCCUCAUGGUGUCGUUCAUCGCAUUUACACUGUAUGGCAUUGAGGCCAUUGGCGCCCAGCUCGAGGAUCCUUUCGGCUAUGACAGGGCCGAUAUAAAAUUAGACGCCAUUGCGGAAGAUUUGAGAGUGGAGACCUUGGUGCUCUUGGAGAACUGGAAGAGGGGCGGUGAUAUGUUCACAGCACCUGGGCAACACGAGAACGGGCAGUCAAAUGGAAUGGAAGGUUCUGCAAAUCUCAUGGGCUGA